AUGGCGGGGCUGGCGCGGCUAGCGCGGCGGGGGGACCGCCUCGGGCCGCCUGGGGUCGCCUGGGCCCGGGCCGCGCUGCACGAGGCGGCCCCGGCGCGGGACGUGCUGCUCUUCGAGCACGAGCGCGGCCGCUUCUUCGCCUUCCUGGGCCUCUUCUGCGCCGGCCAGGGCGUCUUCUGGACGUCGCUGGCCGCGGCAGCCUUGGCCGGGCCCGGGGGCGGCGCUCAGAGCCCCGAGGCCGAGGGCGGCGUUCAAGGCCCCGGCCGCCGCCCCAGCCCCGGUUCGGCGCUCUGGCGCUACGGACUGGCCGCCGGCUGCGCCUCCGUGGGCCUGCUGGUGCUGGCUGCCGGGCUGCUCUUCUCCCAGCGCUCCGUCCGCUCCGUGCUGCUCAGGAAAGGGGGGCAGCAGGUGACCCUGACGACUCACGCACCCUUUGGCCUGGGGGCCCAGUUCACCGUGCCCCUGCGUCAGGUGUCCUGUCUGGCUCACCGAGGUGAGGUGCCAGCCGUGCUCCCUCUCAAGGUCAAAGGCCGCCGCUUCUAUUUUCUUUUGGAUAAAGCCGGACGUUUCCCCAACGUGAGGCUGUUUGACAUCACCGUGGGUGCCUACCGGAGCUUGUGAACUCCCAGUGCGGAGACCCAGUAACAAAUAAAGAGACAGGAAAGGCCA